ACUGUCUUCAGCAUUUCUAAUUUAUUAGCUUGUCAAGUUGGUUAGUGAAGUGGCGGUAGCGUACACUAACACGUUUGUGCUGAGACUGACAGAUAACAGACUUUGUGAACAAUACAUUAAGUUGUCUGUGCAUAGUUCAGUAACUGAGGUAAUACGUUUAAAUUUGUGUUGAUAAUAUAAGCGCACAGCAGCAGAUGUGAGGUCACUGAACUAGCGUUAUAUUUGAGUCUCUUGAGAGCAAUUUCAGAUUAAAGCUAGAGGUCUCCUCCAUUAAAAAUGCAAGCAUGAAAGCCGCCUCUCUGUUUUGUUACCACUUUUAAAACUAAGCCUCUGAUAGAAAAACGAGGCAGACCAAGUUGCAACAGUUUAAGUGUAAAAUGAUGCAUUUCUUUGAACAAACUUAUGUCAUUAUAUAUAUUUUUUUCUUAUGCAGUGAUUCUUUUAUUAAGUUACAUCACAAGUGUAAAAAAAUAACAGACGUGGGUGUUAAUUAGGUCUCAGAGAACCUCAUGUUGUUCAUCAAAUCAGGUUCAGCAGUUUUAUGCUAUAUUAUAUUACAUUAAGGUCACAUGUGCUGUUAAAAUGUUUUCACUCUGUCAUAAACAAUUUCAUACCAUUUCAAAGCUGCAAAAAAAUAUAUAAUAAAAUAAAAAAAUAAAAAAAUGAAGGGGAAACUUCAGAUGAACUGAUCACAUGCAUUUUUCCUACAUGUGUUUUAAGUAUUCACAGUCGGUCUUUUAUAUGUAUCAUUGCACCUCAAAUCUAAUUUUGAAAAUAUAAAUUAAAUUCUUUAGCCAACUGUCAAUUUUAUUAUCUUAAAGCCGGUACAACAACAAUAAACAAACACAAAAAUCACUAAAGUAAAACACAAUCAUUAGUAAGCAGAACGAUUUCCGUAAAAACAGAAAUUAUCAAUCACUUUUAAAGUAUAUUUAUAAUUAACAUUAAUUUGAAACUUAAUAGAAACGAAUUACCUAUUUGCGCAGCAAUAUUCCAUGACAUAGGGAAAAGUGUUUCCGUCUUCCUUCUUUAAUUCAAUAGCACAAAUAGCUCUGCCUACCACGAUAAAUUUUAAACAUAGCUACUCUAUUCUCAAACACCUUCGCAAAGCCUGUAUUAUAGCAUUGCUUUGUAAUGUAAAAAAAAAAUAAUAAUAUAUAUAUAUAUAUAUAAAUAACAUGUAAACUAAUAAGCCUUUUUCAUAUAUAUAAAUCUGGAGAUGGUAUUGUCUCUACAGCGCCCGGUGUUCUGCAACCUAUUAGCAUCAUUUCGUCCAUCGAGUUCCAUUAAUUACAUUUGAAUGAAAACUUGCGCGGAAGAAUAAGAUUUUGGAGAGGCCUGCCAGAUACUUGCUCCUCUUGGGAGGACCUUUAACCUUCUUAACGGUGGGUAUGCAGUACUUAAAGGCUGCUUUUUACUACAACUGGGAAGCUGGGACGUGCACCUGCCUGCUUGUAGUACAAAAUGGUCGACAUCAGCGAAAUGGUAAUUGCUUUAGCCUAUGCAGGAUUCUUAGAUUACUGUAUGCUGAUUAAAGGGCGAAUUACAACAUUUGAUAAGAGCAAUCUUUUAUUUUUAUUAUACAUAUUAAAAUUUCCUUACUUUAAUUGCACAGUGUGUCUGCGCAUUGCAUCCGUCUUGGAUGUUAGCCUAACUUAAGCAGAUGAACAAUAAUAUAAUUAAUUUCCUUACUAUUGUGAGAUAUUUUUGAGAUAUUUAUAUUCGUAAUAAAAAAAUGACUUAAAAUGGCAUGUAAUGUUGCUUCUAGACUGCGUUUAGACAAGACAAAGAGAUAACCGUCAUAUAAAGGAUUAUAAAGAUAUUAGAUGUGUUUUGAAGGCUGAGAUUUGCACUUCUGUUAUAUAUCAACGACUUGUGAAUAUUUAAAUAACAUUUUGCAAAAACAGAAGAGCGUCUAAAGAAUCUGAUGCCUUUAAUGUUAAUAUAUUAAUAAAUUACCUAAAUAUAAAACAAAAGCUACAUUUCUUCUUACAACACAAAUAUUAAUGCAAAUCGGUGGCUAAAUGAGAAUGGAACUUUUACAUCUUAGUUACCAUGAAAUUGAAAAUACUAACAUGUAGAUGUAAACUGCUCAAUAUUAGCUACUUUAUGUGUUACUAAAAUGUAAACGCCUUAGUUAAAAUGUUGCUGAUAGUUUGUGCAAGAUCUUGUCUGAAAAUGGCAGGCCUUAUUAGCCUACACCUGGGCAAAUCGUGUUCGUUGGCGGUUACAUCUAGAGACUUAGCCUACAUAAAAAACAUGAGAGAUCACCCAUGUAGGAACAACCUUGCUGUUAUUUGAUUAUGGAUUUUUGAAUCUUCUUUGAGUUGCAACGAUAACAGCGUUUUUAACCUUAGACGUACAUCUACCAAACUGUUUCUUUAGAUGAAACAGCAAAUGUCGCUAGUUAUUUUUGCCUCAAAACAAGCAGAUGAAUUGAACGUGCCCUACUUUUGUUCAGGCUCUAACAAAAUUAAUAAUAAUUAAAAAAAAAAUUAUACGCUGAUCUUAAUUAACAUAAUUGUCCUCUAAAUUGAUUAAACAAAUAGUCGCGCGAUGUGGAGUAUCAUGAUUCCAUGUCCUAUCUUAAUUCUUCAUUUUGAUACAUUGAUUUACCCCGGAGGAAACUAUAGGCUAUGACAUGGGCAACAACAGAAUUGUAAUUACAACAAAUAUUGAAACGUGAUAUCUAAUGUCGUGAUUUCUGUAGAUGUUUUAGCCUAUUUAUUCAGUGGACUUGAAACACUGACCUGCGGUGCGCCUUGACCAGAAAUGUAGCCUAUUCUUUAUAAAACAACAGCUAGACCAGAGUUUGUUCGUGAAGUUUAAAAUCUUCAUAACACAUUUUGAGGUGUUUUAGAUUACAUUAUGCGAUGCCAUUAAAUUGUAUACACUAUAUUAUCACUCCGAGCCCUUUGUGUCUACAGCAAAGUACACAUUAACUUAUUUUGGACACUUUGUUCCGCAGUCGGAUCUGUGAGAUAAUGGGUCAGGACCUCAGCUCUUACUCCAGGCUCUCUUUCCCCCGACUGACCCUUGAUCCAUCAAGCACUCCAGUGGACACAUGUGUUUGCCCAUUCACUCCAAGGCUUAACUAUACGCUCUGCUUUAAAUGAGAAUGGUUGUUUAUAGAAGGCAACGAAUUGCAAGGUGUAAACCAAACGUAAAUGAAAAUAAACCGCAGAUAAAAGAAUAACGUUCACAGGAAUACUGCACGCCAUGCCUUUUAUUUUGAUGGCAAGCCAAUUACCAACAGCUCUUGUCAUGCAUUAAAGGAGAAGAAGGGUCAUAGGUGACAGCUAUCUCAAUGUCAAACAGAAACAAAACUGCACAGAUCGACAUACAUUUUUUUUUACAUGCACACACUUAGAAACGCGUAAUCAGUUUAACUGAGAAAUAACAGAAUUCCGUUCCAGUCAAAGCACAUUAAAACAAAUCAAAGCACGGUAAUAGGCUAUUUAUUUUAUAACGUUUAACACAUUCACCGAGUAAUGCAACUGAACGGGAAAACAAUUUUAUUAAAGUAAAAAGACAUGCAUUAGAAUAAUUCAUAAUAUACUGAAUGAACAAAUUUAUAUAGCUAUAUGUAUAUUAAAAUCUACCUCAAAAGCAAUACAUAUGCAAUUGCAUUCAUGUUUCAGUUUCAGGCUGUUACUCGUUCAUUAGCUACUUUUAGAUAAUUCGAUAUUUUUUUUAUGUUAUCUUAUUAUUUUUCUUAUUUUUCCGGGACUAACAUUGCACCCUCCCACAUAUACGCACACAUUGCAUUUAUGAAACAUAUUUACAGAGAAAUUCCGCACGUUCCUAAACUUCGAAAGGAUUAAAACAGAGCAAUCCAUCUAAACUAAACACGGCAAACACGGUGCCUUCAAUGCAACGAAAAGCGAUUAAUUUCAUACGGCAACCUGUUUCAGUACCUGAGCAAUUGUUGUCCAGUAUAUCCCAUUUCUGAUGAUAGAUUUUGCAUUUGUUCCUUCCUCAUUGAAGUAUAACCUACAAACAAAACAUCUUAGUGUUUUUUCUCUUUUCUUGAGUUACUUUGUAUACUUGAAAUGCUAAGCGGUCACCCGUCCAGUGGUUUCUCCACCAUCAGACUGAGGCGGUUGCUUGGCCCUCGGUCAUGCUCUCUGCCUUAAUAUUCCACAAGGUUGAGUGGCCCUCAUUUACCUAAUGGAUCAGGCGCACAAAACCUUAGACGAGUUUCUCGCUCUGUGAGUCACAAGCCAAACUUUAUGUGAUGCUUCUAUCUGGCUGGUCUCAGAAUGAACCCAAAUUAAACAUACCGACAAGUAAGCACUUAAAUGUGAUUUGAUGAACUUUUAGUAGUCAGAAGAAAAUGCUGGAUGUUAGUGUUUGUUUUGCGUUGUAAAUUUACAAAAAAUAGUGUAGAAAAAAAAAAAGUGCCAAACCUGAAAGUACUUAAAGAAAUGGCACCUUCCAUAGGCUACUUGUAUAGUAUAUCCAAGUGUGUGAGACCAUGCAGCAUCCACCCACGUGGUCGUGUUAGACAGAGGGGUGUUCAAUAUGAAUGAUGGAUACAGGCAUGGAAAUGUUUCUUGUUCUUAAACUUGUAACAUUAAAGCACCAUAAGAGUACAAUCGUGAGUUAUCUUUGUUUCCUUGCGCACUUAAAAUGGAGAGCCUUACUUUUAUAUGAAUUUAUAAUGAAUUUAUAUGAAUAUCAGUGCCAAAAUUAGGCCACACAGAACGUGAACUUUAAUUGCAAUAUUACAGACCUGCUCACAUUCGUGAGGUUAUUGACCCAGAAGGAGUAAUAUCGAUUUGAAACAAGGUCGAGUGAAUUAAGCAGGUAAAAUGAACCUAUUAUCAUAUUUAUACUGUGAUUAUAACGGCUUCGUGUGUUGGGGAAAAAAAUACCGGACACAAUUUGUUUUAUAAACUGAACAAUUUAAAGAUUUUCUUUUUUUUUUUUUUUUACAAUUUGACAUCCUUCAUAAGCUUAUAUAUUUAUGACAGAGACACGUUUCCCUUAAUGUAAAGUUAUAGUUCUAUAUAGGUAAUACAAAAUGGCUAUUGUUUAAAAACUGUGUUUUUUAAAAAACAGUCGUAUUUGUAAUGUGGAUUUUAUGAGGACAUAUUUUUACUAUGAUCUAAUUUGGGAGAGACCCUCACCGCUGGCACAAAAUGAUGCUUAAGACGCAUAAAUUAGGUCAUAGACUGGAGGGGGUCUUCAUUGUGCCACUCUGAUAGCACGCACUGGCGCUUAUGACUCUCGGAGAGCUCUCAAAGUUGGAAAAAGUAUGGAAUUCCCUAUUGACGCAGAUUAACAGUGCCUAAAAAGAAAAAGAAGAAGAAGGAGAAGUAGACUUCAGACAAACAUCGCCUCAAUUCAAUAUGAAUAAGCUUUUUAGGGACGACGUUAGAUUCGUGUAUUGCACAGUUAAAAAAAGGAGAAAUAUAGCCAUUGAAAAUGUUCAAUCGGCAUGAUGAUAAAUGUAAUGCGAAACUAACAACAUUUUUUCUCAAUUAUCUUGCUGAGAUGUCAAUGACUAUUGUUUGCUGGUCUAGGGAGUCGCUCCGCCCCUCAUGUUUGUCGUAAAUCUGGCGCCUGGCUACAAUAAACCUGAGAUAAGAGUGGCCAGGGCUCGCCUCCUUCUCCAAGGCGAUCAAUCGGAUCUCAGGCAUACUACAAGCACUCUCUUACGUCGACGUCCACGAGAACAGAGCUGAUACAACAACACGGCUGAGCUCCACCACCAAAUAUCUAUCUGCUUUCUGAACCAUGUCGCUGAGCCCAAAGCACACGACACCUUUUUCAGUGACAGAUAUUUUGAGCCCAAUUGAGGAGACUUACAAGAAGUUUAGUGGCAUGGAGAGCACUGGAAACCUCACAUCUCCAUUGGGAGCGUACCGGCAACCUCAGGUGUCCCAGACUGGCAUGCAGCAACACUCUAUGGGCCACAACGCCACUGUGGCGACCACCUACCAUAUGCCACACUCCGUUUCCCAAUUCUCGCACAGUGCAAUGGGGGGCUACUGCAAUGGCAGCAUUGCCAACAUGGGGGACCUACCCUCUUACCAAGAAACUAUGAGAAACAGCGCAGCAGCAACAGGGUGGUACGGCGCCAAUCCUGACCCUAGAUACUCAACAAUUUCUAGAUUCAUGGGACCUUCCACAGGUAUGAACAUGACAGGAAUGGGCACGCUGACAGGCAUGGCCGACACCACCAAAUCCAUCCCACCUCUGCACGCAGCUCCAAGGAGGAAACGACGGGUGCUCUUCUCUCAAGCACAAGUCUACGAGCUGGAAAGGAGAUUUAAGCAACAGAAAUACCUUUCAGCGCCCGAGAGGGAACACCUGGCUAGUAUGAUACAUCUAACCCCGACGCAGGUCAAGAUCUGGUUUCAGAAUCAUCGCUACAAGAUGAAACGGCAGGCCAAGGACAAAGCAGCACAGCAGCUUCAACAGGAGGGCAACCUGUGUCAACAGCAGCAGUCGCCGAGGAGAGUGGCUGUCCCUGUCUUAGUGAAGGACGGCAAGCCUUGUCAAAACGGCUCCAACACACCGACGCCAAACCAGCAGCAAAUGCAGCAGCAGCAAAACGGUUCCGGGGUCGUGCUUCCUACCUCGAGUAAUUCUAUGAACCAACACCAAACCCAGCAGGUCAACGCACUGGUUCAGGCCCAAGACCUGGAGGAAAUGUCCCCCAGUCCCCCGUCACUUCACUCGCAGAUGAACAACAUGGGACAGAUAGACACCUCUGUAGAUUACACAAAUAACAUGGUCACGUCGAAUCUGCUUUAUGGCAGAACGUGGUAAGACAGACCGCCUUUUCUUUUCUUCGUUUUUCCACAAACUUUACUCUGAAUUAAGAACUGCGCGUGAGGCCGAAAGCAGACCGUGCAUCCGUGUGAAGAUUUAAAGCGGGUGAUCGGAUCGAAGGAGCACGUUUUUUGGGGGAAAUUUACCACUUUGUUUUUCUAGAAAAAAAACACAAAAACAAACAGUUUUCGUGGUCACAAUUUUCUACAAUGACCCUUCUAUUCGUUAUGGACAAAAUAACAAUUUCUAGCCUCGCGCUGUAUGUUUUGGACUUCCUUUUGUUGUUCUAGUAGAAGGUUGUCUGUUGUUAAACAAAAUUGCUGCUCCACAUCUAUGGCAAUGCCAGGACACGGGAAGCAAUGUUUCAUAUUUCAGGUAUGAACUUCUAGCAAGAACUGAAAAAGUUCCCAGAUCAUAAUAAAUGCCUGAACGUGCGACUAUUGUAAAAACUAAUGUAUUGAUUUAGAGAAAUGAAAAGUAGGGACUGUAUAUUUGUCUAACACUUAAGUUUCUGUUUACUUGUAAUAUAAAUGUUUGAGUCUUUUCGUUGGUCAUUUAUUCUAUUCUUUUUUUUUUCUUUCUUUCAUUUUUUUUUCUUUUCUUUUUUUUUUUGGUAAGUUAAAACAAAGACACAAAGACGAUGGCUGCUGUAUAUGUUUCAAACCAAUUGAACGUUAACAAUAAAUCAAUUAAACUGCA